GUACUAGGACUCAUUUGAGAGUUUUCUCUAUUAAAAAAUAUACGAGCCCGGUAGAAGGACUUCAACAGUCAAGACUCCAAGCCUCGUCGAACAGCAACCCACCAGAGUCGGCAAGUGGACGACCGGCAGUAGCACUUCCGUUCAGGCGGCGAGUUAGCAUCACAGAGGACCCAAAUUCCCAGGCAGUCAAUGUUGAAGCAUGCUAACGGUCUUGCUCUUGCCAAUUUGAUCAUCACCUUGUCUUCAUCAACCCCCACAAAAAUUGGCACUCCCUCAGUGCGAUUAUUGGCUACUUCAUACACAGAGAUAUCAUCUCCCACCACACAUUCUUCAGAAGUGUCAGAUUUCCGAUCUGAAGUGCAACUUGAUCCUGAAUCAGUCGGUGUUGUCCAGGACAAGGACCUUCUCAGAAAGACUCCUGAUGGAGAGAUUCUAUUGCUUAAACUCCUCAACAGGGGUGCAAUGGAAGCAGAUGCCAGUCUAUAUCACAAACUCUUCAAAAUCUGUGCAGAUCACAAAAGACUGAAAGAAGGCAGACUCGUUCACAACCAUUUCCUUCGUUCCAGGUUCAACCAUGAUGUUGUGCCUUACAAUACGUUAAUUAGCAUGUAUUCUAAGUGCCAGAGUAUAGAGGAGGCUCAAAAGGUGUUUCAUGAAAUGCCCAAAAGAGAUAUGGUGUCUUGGGCUACACUGAUCACUGGAUAUUCGCAAAAUGAGAGAUAUGUUCAGGCAUUGACUACUUUUCGUGAGAUGCUAAGGGCUGGAUUCAAUCCUAACCAAUUCACUUUUGGGAGCAUUCUCAAGUCGGCUGGUUCUGACACCACUGAUAUUGUGAUGGGCAGACAAAUACAUGAUUUUUGUUUGAAACAGGGGUUUGAGGAGAGUGUUUAUGUCGGAAGCGCUCUUAUAGAUAUGUACGCCAGUUGUGGAGAGUUGGAUGAAGCCAUGUUAGUCUUUCAGGCCAUGCGGGUCAAGAAUGAGGUUUCUUGGAAUGCUUUGAUUUCAGGGCAUGCUAGGAAAGGGGAGGGAGAAAAUGCUUUGAAUCUUUUCUUGGAUAUGAAAAGAUCCAGAUUUGUCCCAACCCAUUAUACAUUUUCAAGCCUUUUCACUGCUUGUGCUUGUACUGGAUCUUUGGAGCAGGGAAAGUGGCUCCACGGGCAUAUGAUCAAGUCAGGCUUGCAACUCGUAGGUUUUCUCGCCAACACUCUACUCAAUAUGUACGCCAAGUCAGGUAGCAUUGAAGAUUCCAAAAGAGUUUUCAAUCGAAUGGUGAAAAGAAAUAUAGUUUCAUGGAACUCAAUGCUUACCGCAUCUGCCCAACAUGGACUGGGGAAUGAGACUAUAGCACUCUUUGAGGAAAUGCUUAUGGCUGGUUAUGAACCAAACGGGGUGACCUUCCUCUCUGUCCUCACCGCUUGUAGCAGGUCUGGCCUUUUAGACAAAGGAAUGCAUUAUUUUGAAUUAAUGAAUAAAUUAAAGGCUGAACGUGAAAUUUCACAUUUCGUGACGAUUGUUGACCUACUUGGCCGAUCGGGUCAACUCGACCAUGCCCGAAGGUUCAUAAAUGAUAUGCCUGUUGAACCCACAGCCGAAAUCUGGAAAGCGUUGUUAGGAGCAUGUAGAAAGCACAAGAACAUGGAGUUGGGCAUCUUUGCUGCAGAGCGGGUCUUUGAACUCGAUCCAUACGACUCUGGGCCCCACGUCUUGCUGUCCAAUAUCUAUGCUUCAGCUGGAAGGUUGAGUGAUGCAGCAAAAGUGAGAAAGGCGAUGAAUGAGACUGGAGUAAAGAAAGAACCUGCCUGCAGUUGGUUGGAGAUUGAGAAUUCUGUUCAUGUGUUUGUGGCAAAUGACGAGUUCCAUCCAUAUAGGAAGGAGAUGAGAAAAAAGUGGAAUGAGAUAUAUGAGGAGAUUAAGAAAAUCGGGUACGUGCCCGAUACGAGCAAUGCCCUUUGGUUUGUGGAUCAAAGGGAAAGAGAAGAAAGGUUGCAAGAUCACAGCGAGAAACUGGCUUUAGCUUUUGGGAUUCUAAACACUCCGCCCGGUUCAACAAUACGGAUAAAGAAGAACAUUAGGGUUUGUAGUGAUUGCCAUACUGCGUUUAAGUUCGUUUCAGUGGUGGUUGAUAGAGAAAUCAUUUUGAGAGACACCAACCGAUUCCAUCACUUUUGCAAUGGUGCUUGUUCAUGCAGUGACUACUGGUAACAUCAUAAAGUUAUUGCUUUUAUGGAACAAUGUUUAAAUUCGUUUCUGUGGUGCUUAGCAGAGAAAUCAUCUCCAGAUACAAUAGUUUUCUUCCAGCAGUGUUGGUUGUCAUUUAUUAUGCAAGUGGGCUUCAUAGGCAAGCAGAUCUUUUCUUAUACUGAAAAUGUUCUCGAUUUGUUAGUUGCGACUACAAGUGUUUUCUUACUUGGUUGGCCAUGGAAAUGUCAUUAUUGGACCUUUGCUUGAUAGCUAGCUCACUUUUAAGUCUCAAUAUCGAGAAGAUAUUGCCAUCAUUGAACCUUUACUUGAUAGAUGCUCCUGGUUAGUUCCAUUGCAAAGAGAUGAAAAGGACUUCAUAUUUUGAGGCUAGAUUACCAUAUCCUGACGUGAGAGAAUACAAUAAAUUUGGAGGUUGAGCUCGAAUUUGGGAUAUGGAAGAUGAGUUUGCAGAGGUCAUCUUACUCUCUUGGUGUGCUUUGGUCGAGCUAAUGAGUGAGGGGGAGUUGGAGUUGGCUCUUUUGUCUUGUUUGGACAAUGAGUGAGGUCACCCCUUUGUGUCCCAAAAUGUACAUUUCGGCCCCGAAAGUUGUAUUUUUCGGACUGUUUUAAAUACAUUUUAUUUUAUCGGGUCAAAUAGAAUAUAUUACAUGCCCUUCAUCAUUAUGGUCCUUAUAAUGAAUAUACAUUCCCCAACUUUAAUUUUGAAGUCUCCAAAAUUUAUUUUUGGACUGUUAUUUGUUAAAUUACAAAUACUGGCAAUUGGGCCACAAUUGACCUAUCGGUCAACUCUGGGCCUUUCCAUGGCCCAAAUGAAAUAUCCACCACCAUAUAAAUAUUAUCCAGACCAAGAUGAAUAAAAUAUACGGUCUCGGGAUUACCGGGCGGUCCCCGCCCAGUGUGGGCCCCACAUGCAAAUUUACUAUUCACGCGAAAGAAUUAAUAAAAAUUCACAAGUUCGUAAAUUCUUUAACUAUUCCAUAAGGUUCAAUACAUUAUUCACUUAAGAGUAAAUAUAUUUGGGGACGGUGUUACAGAGACCCCGGCAUGUUAUUUUCAUAAUGAAAUGAAAAGAAUCCAGCAAGGUCCAAUAAUUUAUCCAAAACUCUAAAACUUAAAAAACAAGCAAGAAGGCUGACACCUACAGAGAAUCAGAGACAGGGCUGAGGAUAACAGUAGUAAGACCAGAUACAAAGUGAGCUGAUUUACUCCUUAACGAUGAUUCUUCUGCUGCUCUUGAGAAGGCGGAUGCUUUUCUUCUCGUCCUCCCACUUUACUGCCCAUUUUCAUGCUUUGAAUUUGUUUCCAGGUCAGUAGUUACCCAAAUUACUGUUAAUCUCUUUGUGAUUGGAUUUAGUCGAUUGCCAUGCUUCAACACACAAUUUGACCUCCAGAAUAUGCCCACCUUUUAACUCUUUUCCUUAUUGUUUGCUGGAUUUAACUGGAUUUCACUUCGGAGGUUUACUUUCUUCCUCUUUUGUAAACUAUGCUAAGUAUCAGACUUUCAGGAGGAAAGCUACGGACAUGGGAUUCUCAUUUGGUCAUGUAUUAAGACAGGAUAACGGGCGGGCCAGCUCACUGCUUAGCGGGCCAGUAUCUCGAGUCGGACCAAAUAAUAUUAUUUGAUCGGGUUUCUCUCUUGCCCAAUGAUGUUAGGAGGAGCUAUUAUGAGGAUUUAUUUGGUUUUCCUAAUCUCCGUUUUUAAUUUGUUUAUUUUUUUUUGGGUCUGGUCUAGCCCCCCCCCCCCCAAAAAAAAAAUCGUUUACUUUUUCUUCAUGUUUUUCUCUGCUGAGAGAUUUUGGUCUGGUCCCCCUCUAUUUUGUACCGAUCUCUUAUUUAAUAAAAUAAUGGCAAAUGUCCCCCGGCAUUUGCCCCACUGAUUUUGGUGGUUGACUUUUCGGGGUAUAAAAAAAGCUGGAUUUAACUUGAAAGGACCUUGUUUGGUGAAUAGCCAAAGUCAAUGGAAUUACAGUUGAAGUGGGAUAAACUCUCUCUCAGGGAAGCAUGUAAAAGUUGGUAAAAUAUGGAAUGAUAUAGAAUAGAAGUGAUUGAAGUGUAAAAGUGAAAGUCAUAGUCUCCCUUGAAUAAGUGAUUUUUAAUGUAAUGCUUUAUAGAAGUAUAAAAAUGCCCUUGUAUAAAAUGCCCUUGUAUAAAUUAUAUAAUACAUAUAUCUAAAAUUUAUAUAAAAAAUUAUAAGCACAAAUGAGAGUAAAGUUAUUUUGGGCAUAAAAAAUGUGUUGUGUACAUUAAAGCAUUUGGUAUUGCUGUACAACAAGUUUCAGUGAUUGUACCUCAUAGCAUUAUCUUUCUCCCGUCAUUGCCAUCGAUGUACCGGCCCGUCAUUGUCAUCUACAUUUCCGUGAAGUUAAAGCCUCAAUAAUUUUCUUUCUCUGCCUCUGACGUUUCAUUGCCCCAUAAUUUUUUACAUUCAAUACGGAAAAUGAUAUGAUUUAAUUUCUAACUUUUUUUAUUCUUACUUCAUGAGUGCCUUAUCUUUCUGCAUUGCAGAUCUUCUGAGAAAUCUGUAUAGAAAUGGCUAUGGAACAAUGCUCUCCCAAUAAUCGUUUUGAGGCUUCAGAAACCUAAUCAGAGGCAAUAAACUGAGUUCUUGUGUGAUGAUGAAAGCAUGGCCCCCCUCCCACCUGGCUGAAGAUGCUUCCAUGGAUUAUCCUUCCUUCUCAUAAACUUGAAGCUCGUGCUGACCCAAAUCAUUAAAUCCAAGUAAGACUCGUUCGAUUACCCAACCGCUAUGAUAAAACAAUUGGAUUGUUUCAUCACAAUAAAAUAGGUGAUAUUGAAUCUCAAGAUUUGCUUUGAUGGUUGGAAUGGAAGGAAUGGUUGAAGGUUUCUAAAUAGCUAGCUGAAUGACGCUAGUCUGUUCUACUAUUUUAUUCCAUCCAAUCUUUUGGCUACUUUUUCAUUUUUUCGAUUCUUUUAAGUUGUGUUAAGAUUAUGCUAGAAUUGAUUUCUAAUAUUUUACUUCUAGAAUUGAAAUCUAGUAUUUAAUUCAUUUUAUGGAAUUAAAA